AUGUUUGUCACAACACUGGUUGUUGGACUCCUGGCCGUGCCGUGCCUAGGCAGUGUAAAUCCAGCAAAGCCUCAGAUGGGAUGGAAUUCUUGGAACACGUUUAAGAGCAAUAUAAACGAGACGUUGAUCAAGUCAAGCGCAAAAAGCCUCGUGGACACUGGCCUGGCUCAGGCUGGCUACAAGUAUGUCAACUUGGACGACGGGUGGCAAGCCUUCACACGAGAUUCCUCAGGUCGCCAGCAGCCAAACUCUACCAGGUUUCCCAGCGGCAUGAAGGCACUGGCAGAUUUUGUGCACCACAUGGGACUUGAAAUCGGCAUAUACAGUGACUCGGGCAUCUAUGACUGUGCCUUUUACCCUGGGAGCUAUGGCUACGAGGAAAGAGAUGCUGCUACAUACGCGUCAUGGACGAUAGAUUAUUUGAAGUUCGAUAACUGUGGCAGUUUCCAAGCAGGCACACUUUCUCCUCAGGAGCGUUUCCUGCGCAUGGGCGAUGCUUUGAACCGAUCUGGUCGCAGCAUCUUCUACUCGCUUUGUCAAUGGGGAAAUCAGUUUCCGUGGCAUUGGGCAUCUUUUUCAGAUAGCUACAGAAUCUCCGGAGACAUCAAAAGUGCAUUUGGUGAGGAUAGCAGUGGUGUUUGUCAAUCUGCUUACUGUCUAAACACCGGCUAUGCCGGAGUCAGUGUAUUGACAAUGAUCCGCAAGAUGCGAGAACUAUCGCGGUUUCAGAGACCCGGGUCAUGGGGUGACAUGGACAUGCUCGAGGUUGGUACUGGAACCAUGAACUUGCACCAAGAACAGACUCACUUUUCUUUCUGGGCUGCGCUCAAGUCACCCUUAAUCAUUGGUGCCGACGUCAAUACGAUCAGCAAGGUGUCUCUGAACAUCUUGAUGAACAAAGAGAUCAUUGCAAUUUCUCAGGAUGACGCCGGUGUAGCAGUCAACUACCUGCCAGACCUCUCGACGGAGCACAAGGUCCAAGUUUGGGGCGGGCCUCUUGCUUCUGGCAAGUCCCGCUACGUAGUGUUGGCUCUCAACUAUGGGCUGGACACCACAAAAAUCACAAUUCCUCUUAUUGGAUUACCUGGAUUGAAUAGAUCUAACUUAGCAAAGUAUACCCUACGAGAGGUUUGGGCUGGAAAGGUUUACCAUCAUGGAGGCGACAAUCUUGUGCUGGAAAACGUAGCUUUGAACCAGACAAAGGUGGUGGUUUUCUCAGAAAGAUAG